AUGUCAUGGCGACGUGCCGAGGUUUAUGCCAUCUUCGAACAGUCGGCGUCUCCGUUUGACUUGGCCAGCCUUUUGCUGCGUUGCAUCGCCUCCUGUGCUUCUUACAACAGCUCUUCUGCCCCCGGCAGUCUGACAGGCUCCUAUUUCGCCUCAGGAUCGGGUUCGAGCUUGUCUGCGGCCGGUUGGCCUGACGACGAGUCCAGGGCCGAGGAUUCGACCCAGGGACUCCAGGCGGCCUGGGCGAUGAAUGGACGGCGUCAUGGACACGGGCUGUUGCCCAGGGCCGCGUCCGACCUCCUCUUCGCAGCAACUCGUCUACAGUACGCUCUGCCGGGCUCCAAGUCGAGUGCCGCCGCGAACCACGGCCUCGAGGCCGAGUCCAGCAAAGCCGAACUCGUUGAGGAUUGGAUGCACAUCCUCUGUCACGCCAGACAACUGUUCACCUAUCGAGUGGUGAUUCAGCUGUUGCUGCCGGAUGGCGAGCGUCGGCUUUUGAUUCAGUUGCUACGCUUGUUCCGUCGGAUCUCCGCCGGGGAGCCGCAGACUCGAAUGCAUGCAGAAAACUUGGCUCGAUGCGCCGCUUUGUCGGUGUUUGGCAGUCCCGAGCCAGAAGAGAUGCUGAAGACGCAAUACGAUCCCACGCGUCUACAAGACUCUGGUGACGGGGACUCGAAGCCGGGUCCUCUCGCCUGGCGAAUCGACACUUUGGUCAACCUGAUCGGUCUAGUCGAUCAACUCGACGCUCUGCCCGGUCUGGUCUACGCCGAAGUGAGAUGUCGCCUCCGAGCCCGACUUGGUCACUCUCCGAUCGCAAAAUUGCCACCAACCCCUUCGGUUGCCCAGGCGACCGGAAGUUUCGUGACCGGUGGCAGGACUGCAUCGACGGCCGGCUGGUUGCUGGGAUCCAGCAACAGUCCAGGCAACAAUAAGCGUUCUUCUGCCUUUGAACCGACCGCCUCUUCGUCAGCUUCGUCUACCGAGUCUACCGUCUCGUGUGCUUCACUCCUCUCGGUCGGCCUCAACUCGACAUCUUCCAGUGGUUCCGAUCAGCUUCUUAAGGCUCAGAGAGACAUGCUUGCC